AUGAGUAUUAAUAAAAAUCCUCAUCUGUCACAACAUACAUUCGACAUGAAUCGAUCACAUUAUAUUGAAUUACGUCUUCUUUUAACAUGUUUUUAUAUUUAUUUAAAUUAUCAUACAUUAAUAUAUAUGAAACAAGUUAUUUUUCAUUAUUCAAUGUUAACAUCACCUUUUACACAUCCAUAUCUAUACAUUCAUAUUCGAGCUAUUGUUGGUGGUUGUAUUUCAUUAACCUAUCGAUAUUUUCUUGUCUAUGCAUUAUGGCGUAAAAUGGCUGAUCUAUUAUUAAUUUCAAUUAUAUUUUUGAUAACUGUUCUAUCUCUUCGAUUCUUAUUUGAUAUUUAUGGUUAUUCAACAGGUUAUAUUAAACAAUCCUUAUAUUAUCCUUUUAAUUCAUUUGAUACAAAAAAAAUGUCCGAAGAAAUUAUUGAUUUAAUUUUUGCAUUAAUACGAAAUUCUAUUGGAUUAGCAUUCAGUUGUUAUAUGUUUACAAAUAUUAUCUAUGAACAUCGAUCAGAACAAUCAACAAACGAAAUCAAUCAUCGAUUAUCUAUAUCCGAAUAA